ACAGACAUGCGCUGGAAAAGUGAAGUAAAAGUCGAGUGCUGCGUUGUGAGCGAGACUGAAAACGGAUCUGUGUUGUCCAACGAUGAGGUGAGUUAUGCCAAUUAAACCCAGCCGGCUGUAUUUCCUGUCAGCAGGUCGAGGUGUGAGUCAGUGUAUAGCCUAUAGAUCGUGGAGGGGAUUAAAUAUUAGUCGAAAUUGCUUUACCAAUUAAAUUAAAGUGGGCUUCAGUCUGUCAUUUAAUCCGGCCUUCCACGGUGACAGCUCAGUAUUUUCACAAUUUGAAGAAAUGUCGAAGAAAAUUACCCCUCCCCUGAAUUCUGCAAUUAAAAACUCAAGUAGUUAAUGAGACCUCUUCACCUUUUGCUUCACCGUUUGUGGCGAACAUAGCCUUUUAAUUGCUGUUAUUAAAAAAAUCAAUCCGCCUUUCCCCGCUGCUUUUUGUUGUGCUUUUGAUUGACACGUGAAAUUGGCGUGUUGCGGUGUUUAACCACAGCCAACGAGCCGCGGCUGAAUCACAAAUGCAAAUCUGAAGAACAUAAUGCACAUAGGAUAAGCAUUAGCUCGAGUGUUGUCUGUUUAUGUAAGUAAUGACUAUCCUUCUCUUUUAAAUGUCAUUUUGGUAAUCGCCGGCGUUGUCAUGGUGAAAAGUGAAAGGCAUGAUAUUUAUGGGAAGGGGCAGGGGGCAUUUCAGGCAGCUGCAGCGGGACAGAGCUGCAGAAUCUAACUUCCGUCAUGUGUGAAGACUGCAGAGGAGACCAAGAGCUGCUAGGCAAAUGCACUGAGGACAGGAGAGACAUUAUGGGCGCGCCGGUGGAGGUUUUGGAUGAGGACGCGUCGACGCUGCAGGCCAUGGCAUCGGCACCUCUGCUGGGGAGAGCUGUGUGCGCGAGCUGCAACGAGGAGAUUGUGGAUAAAUAUUUAUUAAAGGUUAACGACUUGUGCUGGCAUGUGCGCUGUCUCUCGUGCAGCGUGUGCCAAACUUCACUUGGCAGCCACACGAGCUGCUACAUCAAAGAAAAAGAAGUGUUCUGUAAACUAGAUUACUUCAGAAGAUACGGGACGUGGUGCGCGUGCUGCGGCCGGAACAUCCACUCCACAGACUGGGUCCGGCGGGCCAAGGGGAACGUGUACCACCUGGCCUGCUUCGCCUGCUUCUCCUGCAAGAGGCAGCUGUCCACCGGGGAGGAGUUCGCUCUGGUGGAGGAGAAGGUGCUCUGCAGGGUGCAUUACGACUGCAUGCUGGACAACCUGAAGCGGGCCGUGGAGAAGGGAAGCAUUGUAAACAUGGAGGGGGCUGUGCCCACCGAGCAGGAGAUCAACCAGCCCAAACCCUCCAAGAGAGCGCGCACCAGCUUCACCGCCGACCAGCUGCAGGUGAUGCAGGGCCAGUUUGCUCAGGACAACAAUCCAGACGCUCAGACGCUGCAGAAGCUGGCGGAGCAGACGGGUCUCAGCCGGAGAGUCAUACAGGUCUGGUUCCAGAACUGCCGAGCCCGCCACAAGAAGCAUGUGAGCCCCAACCACGGCUCCAGCAACCCCAUGUCCUCGCUGCAGUCCAGCCGCCUCUCGCAGCCCACCCUCACCCCCGAGGAGCUGCAGUACACAGCCUACGGGGGCCCGGAGGGGUCAAUGCUCUCUGCACUACACUCCUUCAUAGACAGUGAGCACCAGCCUUUUCAUGACAUUAACACGGUGUACUGUGGUUCACUGCUCACUAUAAAGAACUACAUGUCAAAUUCAUAUUUUAAUAUUUGAAAUAUUAUAUUGAUCUGGUUUAUUUAAACAGGAGUUUAUCUGCCAAGAGGCACUUAAAAAGGUUUCCCAAAUUUCAACUUUUGGCAAUUCCACAAAAAGAAGUGAGUGGUUACGUACCCCUCCAGCCAAAGACAAAUAUCAGCUUAGUUAAUUUGCUAAUGAUUUGAUGUUAAAAAUCGAGUCCAAAGAAAAAAGUAGAGCAUAGGAUAUUUUUUGAAAAUGUCAGGAUAUAAGAUGAACAUUGAAAAAUAAAUACAGUUCAAAUAUUUUUUAAAGGAACUUUCUUCAAAUGGCAUUAGUGAAUAAAGAGAAUUGUGCAACAUCUGAAUUGGGAGGAUGAAUAUAAAACAUAAUGGUCAUACAUAAUUGACUACGUACACAGGUCACAGUAACCAUCCCUGCUCAUGAAAUUAAAUGAAACCAGAGGUUCCUGAAUUGAUUUCAAUCCACUGUUGCUGUUUCAUUAACAAAGACAAGAGAGGCUUAAUGAUGACGCUGAAGCUUUUACUAAUGUCUUAAUAGAAAGAUCUAUUUAUAUAUAAUUUAUAAUGACUGCAGUGCUCUCUGUGUGCCCGCAGUACACUCCCCUCCAUCAAUGUUUCAACCGCUGCUGCCAGCCCACGCCAUGACCUCCCUGCCUGUGUCUCACGCCUGAGACACACACACACACACACACACACACACACACACACACACACACACACACACCAGUAUUCAGGUCUCUAUGGUAAAUAUAGUUUGAUUUUAAGUGAACCAUCAAACGUGUUUUUCUUGAACAGCCAGUGAUUUAUUAAAUGUCGACAUUCUUUGAAUACACUUAUUUCACUGUUAAGCACAAUAUGGUUGACUAUAAUUUAUUUGUACUGUAUAAUGUGGAAAUGAAAAGGUUUCCGUGUACCUCAGUGGAUUGUGGCAGAUGAUAUGACAUCAUCAAAUCAUCUGUUUGUGUAGUUGGUGACAGUUUGACCGGGCUACUCUAAGUGGAAGCCACCCGACCCAAAAUGUCAAAUCGUUAUGAAGGUUGUACAGUUGUGUUUGAAUAUUGCAAUUAAUUAAUUUAUUGUAUGUGAAGUGUUUUUGAAAAUAAAUGUCUAAUUUUACAAAACCGGGAC